CUUUCCCUUUCUCGCACACUGUCUGUCUCUCUUUCUCUCUCUCUCUUUCUUUCUCUCGACCAUUUUCCUUUCUCCCUAUUUUCCACCCCUUCUCUUUCUCCAUCCAGUCCUCUCUCACAUCUGUUGGUGGGUCUUCCUCCCGCCCUGUAUCUGUAUUUCUGUUUCCUCACUUUCAUUAUUUGUCGACCGUUUCGCCAGACUGGCGGUGAGACGUUCCAUCUCGGAGAUAACGGCUGUCGCCGUUCAACCAAUAAGAACAGCUCUGCAUGAUGUCAUGUUCCCCCGUUUCCAGAAAGUUUUUGGUCACCGAGAGACAACAAAGCGAACUUCGCCUCAAAUGCUCAUUUGUUAUCCCGAACCCCCCUUUGAACGGCUUCCCGUGUACGCGACGAAACGCCACGCGAAACGCCAUGUCGACAGUGAUCGACAUUACACUGUGCGUAUGACGUCACCGUACCAUUUUCAACCGCGAGAACAGUACACAGUUCAACGAGACAGCCGUACGUCGCCGACCGUCCGCGUUGAAUGUGUGCGGUGCGUUCGUUAUACGAGGCGGUGGCUUCAGAACUGAAGUGCUUGUGGUCAGCUCCCAGGCUGCAGACAGGCUGUGUAAGUGCUGGGGGGGGGGGCGUUAGUUAGCAGCGCGGCCCUCGGGGGUCCGUUAACUGGCCACGCUUCUGAAGGGCAGCUCGGGGGAUUGAUGACGCCGUAAAUUAUUCAGCAGCUUCAUCUCUGCUCUGGGUCUGGUAAGUCAGAGAGAGCUGAGUGAUGGAACAAGCAAACACGAGGGUUUGUAUGUGUGUGUGUGUGUGUGAGUGUGUGAGAGAGAGAGACGCAGGUUCUGUUUCCGGCUACCUGCUAGGUCCAUGCUGUUGGGAUUAGAGCUCUCGACUUAAAGGCAUGGUAGGUAAUGUAACACUCAUGAUUGGACGGCAUUUAGACCGAAUGCAAUGGUUGGACUUGUCUGUCUGUCUGACUACCUCCUGGCAGUAGUCAGGCAUUACGUUCACGUUUUUUGGAGGAGUGACUUGAGGGUGGGUUAUUUUAGUUCGAAUCCCUUCGAUAUCGAGCAAAAAUGGCCAAGUUUGCGAAAACGUAACCUACCCUGCCUUUAAGUCUGGCCAUGUCAGUGACCUGUCCCGUUGUGACGAGGGUCCGUCAAGUCGUGUGUUUGUGUGUGUGUGUGCGCAGGUGCAGGUGUACCGCCUGGAGACUGGCCAGGCGGAGGUGCGAGUGGGCAGCUCCGCGGGGGACUUCACCUGCGUCAGCCUGGGAGAGGCCGCUUCUCACCUGCUCACCUGCGGGAACAAGGACCGCAGGGUGAGGGUAUUUGACCUGCGCACCGGAUCCUCUGUGGCGUCGCUCUACGCCCACCACAUGGGCGUGACCUCCGUGCAGGCAGACGAUUGGAAGAUAGUGAGCGGCGGAGUCGAGGGAUUGGUCUGUGUGUGGGAGAUGAGGAUGGGCGCCAAGCUGUGGGAGAUGCACAACAGGCACCCGGUCAGACACGUGCGCUUCACCACCAGCACCUUGGUAACGGCCAACAUCCCAGACGAAAAGUCUCCACGGGGCGCCUGCAUCACCGACGACGACCUGACGGCCCACCGCAGACACAGAGGAGUCAUCUGCCACUACGACUUCUCUGAAGACUCCGUUUCCCAGGAGCACGUUCUGCCCAUCUGCAGGUCCAACUACGCAGAGUCCUCGGGGUAUAACUACAACAUUGGCCUGGCCGUUCCCUACGACAUACUGUUUGGGUCACACCCUUCUCACUGAACCCUGACCUGGCUGGAACCUAGCUCACACUGUUCACGUGACCCUGGGAUCAUCUGGAUCCCUGAACUCCAUCCAUACUUUACAUUUUUAAUGACAACUUUUAUGUAAAAAUGUAUGUAAAUAAUUUAGCUCUAUUUUAGUCCUGUUGUCUGUCAUGAUGGACAUGGUAUUUUUGAUUUACAACCCAUUGAGGCAGAGUUGAACCAAGACUGGAUUAUACUGGGUGUAUGAGUUCAGCGUCAACAACAUCACCUGACGGUUAUAUAGAAAUCUGUUUGCAAAUAAAUCACGAAAGACAGUCCCAUCAAUGUUAGUCACACAGUUAUUUAUUCACUUAUAAAUUAGUGCAAAUGCUUUGAAAUGUAUUUCAAGUUAAAUCUUCAAUUAGAUUUAUUUAUGCAAAGUGGUUUUUUUCAGAUAUAAGGUUGUGUAACUGCAAAAGAUAGGAUGGGGUUGUUGCUAUAAUGGUGCCAAAACCUAGAGUUAUUUUAUAGAGUUAUUAACAGUAUUUUCAUAUUGUGCAUUAGUACAAUACUAAUUAAUAUCUGAACCAGAUUGUAUAGUUACAUGAACGUAUAUAACAGUAACGUAUGUUAAAGUAUUUGGCAUCUCAAUGAAGAGUUUUUUUUCUUCUAAAAACAGCAGGUAAAUACAGAAAAUAAGUAUCUUUUUAACAAAGAGAAUCUCAUUUCCCACAA